UACAGCGCCUUCACCAUCGAAGAUGUUUCAGUCACGGGUCCCACUUUUACGCUAUGGGCGUGGCAGGAUAGCUGAAAGGCCUUAUAUAUUCGUCCGUUGCUUUUCUGCCACUCACUUAUCAGCCCAGGCCAACGCAGGUCAACCCGGCACUCGCGGACUUACUACACCUUCGACUUCGAAUUCAACCGGAUUUUCUCAGGCUCAACCUAGAAGGUCAAAUAUUCCACCAGCACGCCUAAAUCCUCAAAAUGCAGGCUCUGAUCGUCAUCGUUUUCGACGCGUUGUUGAUGCAAGAUCCUUAGCUGCCAGUCGAAACGGUUCUCAGCCUACGAACAUCAUUAGAGGGCCAAGGCUUCGGACUCCUCGCAACGUGUCAUCUGCCCGUACCGGCGGACCGAAAUCUCCCAUGCAAAAUGGCAGAAAUAAGUCCAGGCAACGAAAUGUCUCUCGUGGCCCGCAUGUUUUUGACACCAUGGCUGAGGAUGCGGCUACUGAGGAAGCAGUUGACGAAAAGUAUCGUGAACUCGCAGAGCAGGCAAGGCCCGUGCCAAUUCGGUACGAUCCAGAACCGGUCACUAUGGACUCUUUAAAAGAAACAUGGCCAUCUCUACCCACCGACGUCGGUGCCCACGCAGCUGGAGUCGCUGAGAAGCUGUCCUCGCUCAGCGCUCGCUUUGCCCAUGGUUAUGUGUCCCCUUCUGAAAUGGGCAGACGGCUUUUUCAAGGCAAAUAUGUACGGUUCUUGGACGAUGCAGAGAAGUCCCUUGCCGUAGCAGAGGCGCAGAGAUUGUCUCAAGAACUCGCGGAGAAACUUUCGCAGCGGAAAGGCGACCUUGUCGACCCUAACGCUGUCACAUUCAACCCAAUCGACGAGAAGGAUCGGAAGGCACUGAUUGAACUGCUCGUUAAGGGCAAAUAUCCAAAGUCCUUAGGCGAUCAGUCUGUCCAGUCUCCUAUCCUAGAUCGAAUCGCGAAGAACCUGAAAAACAACGGAACCUAUUCUCCAGCUGGCAAAGACAUGCAGUUUUUUGCUAAGGUGGAAUCACUCUUGACUUCAGGCCGCCCUACAAAUCGUGUUUAACUUCUGAUCUCGUGUAUACUAAGUCAUGUAUGUCCUGGUUUCAUUUAAUCAACUGGGCCUCGAGUUGUGACUCAUCCGGGGCUUGCGUGUAGAUACUAAGAGCUGCAGGUGUUCAUGGUCUCUGCGCUUGUGACAGUAGUAAUAUUACUAGCCCUAGCAAAGGUCACUGAUUUAAUGGCUAGUUACGCUCUUUCCAUGGCCUUCUUGGCUGCUUCGAGGAGUUCUUUCACGUCUUUCUGCCCUUUCUCUGAUACCUUUUCCAUUUGUUCCUGUGCCUUCCGGACAUCAUCCGGCCUAGCGGUUUUCUUUUUCUGCAUAUCUUGGAGCCGUUUGUGUACAAGGCCUCUUGAAUCGCGCACUGCGGCAGCCGCUCUUUCCAUUGCUUUUUUAGCCAUGGUGAUCGCUUGGUCCCGGGAUUCUUUGGUGGGAGGUGGGAUAGGGAUAUUGAGUUGCAGAGCGUUGUGAGAAU